CACUUCGCCGCGCUUUUCCCCACGAGAGCACAUGCAACCCAACCCAACCACUCGACGCCAUCAUCCAUCCGUAAAGCGGCAGGCCAGGCCACCCCCGCAAGAAGCCAACAAAGGCGAUCGACCACUCCCCCACUGACCACCCACCACGCAUGCAAUGCAAGCGCCGCCAAGAACCCGAGACCCGGCCGCCGGAGGCGCGGCCAGGCAAGGCCCCCCGCCGGCGCAUGCGCAUGGGCCGCCGCCGGUGCAGCCGCAGCAGCAGCAGCAGCGACACUACUACUACGAGGAGGAGCAGCGGCCGCUGCAGGUGAGGCGGACGACGACGACGUCGUCGUCGUCGUCGGCGCUGGCGUCCUGCCUCAUGGCGGCGGCGUUCCUGGUGCUGGCGGUGGGAGGGGCGGGCGCGGCGCUGUUCAUCCUGUUCCGGCCGCGCCCGCCGGACAUCGCCGUGGCGGCGGUGCGGCUGCCGGCGUUCGCGUCCGGGAACGGCACGGUGGCGUUCACGUUCGAGCAGACGGCCGCCGUGCGCAACCCCAACCGCGCGCCGCUCGCGCACUUCGACAGCUCACUCCGCGUCGCCUACGCCGGCGGCGAGCUGGGGUCCGUCUACAUCCCCGCGGGCCUCAUCGACGGCGGCCGCACCAAGGACAUGUCCGCCAGCUUCGCCGUCCCGGCGUUCGCCGCGGCCACCCCGGUGCCGCCACUGCCGCAGGAGAUGGCCGCCACCUCGGCGCAGCAGCAGCAGCAGCCGCAACCGGCGGCCGCGCCGGUGAUGGAGGUCGACUCGCUGCUGGUGGUCAAGGGGAGGGUGACGGUGCUGCGGGUGCUGACGCACCGGGUGGAGGCGGCCAAGGUGUGCCGCGUCGGCGUCUCGCCGGUGGACGGCAAGGUGCUCGGCUUCCGCUGCUGAACACUCGGUCGUAGCCUUUCCGGUUUGGAUCAAACCAUAGGACAUCACAAUAUCAAGGUCGAAAUUUUACGGCAAAAAAUGUGAAAUUUCUGCACUCCAAAGUCCAAACUGGUCUUGAAAUAUGGUAGAUAAUACUAUAUGCAAUGUGCUAUCUUGCUUAGAUAUGACCAUUCUUCAGACAUGGUGAAACACCAGAGUAUUUAGCAAUCAUACUAUGGUUGUUCUACAUCAAAGUCCAUCUCAAGUUGUUGCAUGCCAAAUUAUCGACUACAAAAACCGAUAAUCUGGCAACGAGGCUACGAUAAUGACCUUUCUCCAGCUGAAAACGUCGACUCACAGGACAUUCCAUGCCGCUUUGCAUGGUAUCGAAGACGACAGAUCUGAGCCUUGGUACAUCCACUAGCCUGAAACAUCAAUUAUUACAUGGUUAGUUUGCAAGAAGAUAAGUAUACUACUUUCAGAUGUCGAAAAGCUGAAUCUACACAGCUCUUAGCCGGAAAGCACAGCUCGAAAAAUUCAAGAAUUUCGCCGUCCGUCCGUCAGGAUGGAUCUGGAUCAGGUCACCAUAUCUUGUUCCUGACUCUCGCAAUUGACAAGUGUUCGGGAGAAGCCUGAAAACCAGAAGGAAAGUCUUUGUCACAGAAAUGACAACAGGAAAGGAAAAGGGCAUGCACUUCAUCAAUGAUCGCAAGUUGCAGCUGAGUGUGAUAGUGCAAAUCAAGUGUUUGUUAGCCUUAACAAUCAACCGCUGUUAAAAACAGAGAUAGGUCAUAGUAACACCUGAGAGAUUCCCAUAUCUCUUAUGUGUCGAUGAACAAUCGAACAUAAACUGGAGGUGCAACUUGAAUUCAUAUGCUCAACAAAUUACAGGAUGUAAACAUGUUCAGAGCAUUAGUUAGUCAAAAUUGAUAGCAAUGGGACCGACUUUUAGCCAUGGAGUACAAAUGCAUAUUUCCUCCAGAAGCAUAGAUUGCAGGUAAGGAAAUUUUACGUGGACUUACUGGCACUAAGAAAAUAAUGUCGCAAUCCUUAUUUGAUCAUUAUAUAAGA